AUGUCUGGUUUUUUAAAUUUAAAUCAAAUUGCGCAACUUUUGGAAGACGAAGAUAAAGAAUCUGAUUCAGAAAUCGUCCAAAACACCAUAACAACAAUCUGUGACGAUGAAGACAUUAGUGAUUGUGAGGAAGCGGAGGUAGUUAGCUGUUCUGAAGAAAGUACAUUAGGUACAGAUUUGGAUUCUUUAAGUUCAAGCAGUGAGGAAGAAGAAGAAACUAUACGAACUCCUGGUUUUUAUAGGGGUAAAAAUAGAUACAAGUGGUCUAAAAAUCCACCUAGCUCGUCCCGGAUAAGACAACACAAUAUCAUCACACAGCGUCCGGGCCAGGAGAAGCGCGUGAGAAAAUUAAUAUGA